GGUUUGGAGAAGAAAAGCGGUGAUUAUCACUUUCCACAGAGGAUCCUGCUGUUGAAACAGCAGAGGAAGCUAAGGAACCAGCAGAGGCAGACAUCAACGAACUCUGUAAAGACAUGUUCAACAAAAUGGCCACUUAUUUAACGGGUGAACUGACAGCCACCAGUGAAGACUACAAACUCUUGGAAAACAUGAAUAAGCUGACUAGCUUGAAGUACCUAGAAAUGAAAGAUAUUGCUAUAAACAUCAGUAGAAAUCUGAAGGAUUUAAAUCAAAAAUAUGCUGCUCUUCAGCCGUAUCUGGAACAAAUCAACCUAAUUGAGGAACAGGUUGCAGCUCUGGAGCAGGCAGCUUAUAAAUUGGAUGCAUAUUCCAAAAAACUUGAAGCCAAGUACAAAAAACUGGAGAAACGAUGAAAUUACAACAGUCUUUAAGUUGGAGUUGGGCUAUGAGUCAGACUGGUUUCUGUUUAAGUUGCACAACAGCAUUUCUGUAUGUUGACAAGGAUUUGGUUACAGCUAACAUCAAGACUGGUAACUUUUUCUGUCUAUUGAAUACAGUAAGCUGUAUUCAGGCUUAAGGCUGAAUAACAUUUUCCUCUUCUCAAGAGGUUCUGUUGCCUCCAUUGUUCUGCAGUGAAAAGUAGAAGCCUGUCCCUAACACAUAUGUUGAUAUUGGCUAUCUGUGUUAGUCCUAUGUCCCACAUGAAAUACUCUAUCUAGGAAAAGCCUUCCAUGACUUAUAAAGACAUUUUCUCUUAGUAGCAGCAGGACCUAAACUUCAUUUUUUCCUUCAUUGAGCUCUGCUUUGGGAAGAUACCUGGGCUUUUGGAGUUAUGAGCAUGGUAUUGAAAACACUUAAUUUUGGUAUCUACCUUUAUCUGUUUGAAAUAGAGAGACUAAUUAUAAAUUUACAAUAAAACAACUUGCUGCAUUUAUCUCUCUGGAAUCUCAAAUUCCUAUUGGAAAGAUUAUGUAAAUUGUCUUUUUAUUUUUUCAAAAGGUCUGUUAAUAAAGACAAACUCCUU